GCCUCGCCGCAGCCGCUGAGGCGGCGGUUGCCGUGGCGGCGGCGGGGCCUGAGGCGGGGAGGGAUGCGGCAGAGGAGGCCGAAGCCGAAGCCGAAGCCGCUGUUCCCGGCGGGAGUCUCCGUGCGGAGGGGAGGUCCCGGCGAUGCCCCCGCUUUGCCGCCGCUGGUGGAAGGGCCGGUCCGCUGCUUCCUCUGCUGCACCGUCUCCCGGAUCCUAUGGACGGGACCCAAAGCUCCCACCGCCCUCGUCCGGCUGAGGUGGUGGGGUGAAACUUCCGAUGGGAUCCUUUUCCAGCCUUCUUCCCGAGCCGGACAAGCGGAGGGAACAACCACAGCCCGGUUCCCGGUCCGCUGCGGGCCCCGGCAGUUCGCUGCCUACCUGAGAGAUAUGGGGGUGCUUGUCCUGGAGGUCCUGAACAAACUUGACCAUCUCCCAAUUGGCAAAGUGGAAAUCCCUGGACUCUCCCAGCUCUCUCCCAGCCAUCCCAUCAAAGGAUUCUUCACCAUCAUUUCACCAACAUCUGAUAAGCUGGGAGAGCUGCAGGUUUCCUUGGUUCUGGAGCCUCUCCCAGAGCUGGGUGACAGCAGCAGCUCUGUCCCAGCUGACCAGGAGCCCACUGACCACAGCAGAGCCAGUAGAGGAAAGGACCAUUUGCUCUUUCCAGAGGCCUCAGGAAACAGGCAGGACACUUCAUCUCCUCCUCACCACCAGAUUUUAUCAGAGGAACAUCUGGAAGUGACUCCCUCCCAGCAGCAAGAGGAGCUGCUCAGCAGUGCUGACCCUUCCAGAACAAACCUGAGGGUGCUGUCCCUGCACAACCCAGCUGCAAAAGAUCUGAUCUCAGCUCUUUUGGACCAAGGCAAUAAGCUCAGGGAUGCCAUGGUGCUUUCUGCACUGAAGUCCACCCCAGAGAUGGAGAUUGAGCUGGAUGAAGUGACCCCUCUGAUCAAGAGAGAGGAUUUCAGAGCCCCAGCAAAGAGCCCAAAAAGCUUGAACUCCAGUUUUGUGCCUCCUCCUGAAGAUCCCCAACUCUUCAGCUCUGAAGUUUCAGGUCAGCAAUUUGGGUUGAACUCUGAAGAGAGAGCAAUACAGUUACUGCUGGGCAGUGGUGAUUUCUCUCCUCUGCAUUCCUGGGAUCGAGCAGGUUCCCUUCUGGAUUCUCUUUCCUUGGGAAGUGAGGUGUUUGACAGUGAGCUCAAUGAUCCCCUCUAUGACCAGAGUCUGCUGGAAAGUCUUUUUUACACAACUCCUAAAUCUGAUUCCAGUUUCAGUGAUCUCAGUGAUGAUGAUGGAAACACCUCCAAAAAAAUAACCAAGAGAGAAACUCUCAAGAAAGCUGAAACAGUGAAUCCACAGAAAGAUUUUAACACCUUGGAUCUGGCUCAGAAGGUGGCAGAAAUUAAACCCAGCUGCUCUCCCAAUAGACCCCUUGCUCCUCCUCUGGGAGAAGACCCAGGAGCAGCUCAUCCCAGAUCCCUGAGUGCAGCCAGGUUGGCAUUGCUGGGGAGGAUACACCUGGCCAGAGUCAUCAUUGAAAGCUUGAAAAUCCCUCCUGAGAUCCUCCAGGUGACCCCAAGAAAGAAAAGUUCAGCAGGGAAACCUCCACGACCUGCUUUAGGUUCUAAGUGCACCUUCUUUGUGGAAUACCACUUCCCUGUGGGAGCUUCCAAGGAUGGGAAAGGACAGGUUUCCAUGGCAACAGAAGUCAUUCGAGUAGCUUCAAGUAAAAUCACAGAGGAUGGGGUGAAAUUCCAGCAGAGUUUUGUCUUCCCUGUCCAGUUUGGUGGAACAAUGGUAGAGCACUGGGGGAGCUCUGAACUUGCUUUUAAAAUCUUCAUGAGAAAAAGCACCCAGAAGAAGCCAGUGGCCAUUGGCUCAGCAGCCCUACAGCUACUCCAGGUUCUUCAGUCUGAGCUGCUCACUGUCAGCUGUGAAAUACCUGUGGAAAAAGAGGAAGGUCAGCCCCAAGUUGGACCACUGAAGGUAUCCCUGGAGCUUGCAGCCAGCAACAAAGAUUUCACCCUCACCACUGCCAGGUCAGCUGCAGCCACCCAGCAAAUCCAUGCUCAUGCUGUAAGAAAUUCCCAGCUGGAACUCCAGGAGCCCAAAAGGAGGAGUGUAAAUGCAGAAAAUCCUCACUGCUUGAACCUUCACAGCUCCAGGGACUCCCAGAAGUCUGGAGCUCCCACCUUGAGCACUGUGCAGUCACCAGAGGCUGCACCAACCUUUGUCACCCAGAAGCUGGUAGGAGAAAUAAGUGCACCUGAAGAGGAUGGGUUGUUACUGCACGUCCUGCUGAUGGUGCCUGAUGGGAGGGAUUUUGUUGCUGGGGACUGUGGGCCCCACAGUUCCUGUAAUGUUUAUUUAACCUGCAAAAUGCUCAGCACAGAGGAGGCCACGAGCUCGGCUGUCAUGUGGGGCACCACACAACCUGCCUUCCAGUUUUCUCAGGUGAUGCCUUUUUCCUUGACUGCCAAACACUUGGAGAGGCUGAAGAACAACGUGAUGAUUAUUGAAGCAUGGAACAAGAUGGGAAGCCCUGGUUGUGACAAGCUGCUAGGAUUAGUGAAACUUCCUCUGCAUCAGUUUUACAUCUCAUUCAAAGAUCCAAAGAUUUCCCACCUGCUUCUCCAAGCCCAGUACCCUGUGGUUGCUGUGGACAGCUACGUGCCUGUGGUUGAUGUUUUCACUGGUAGAAAGAGAGGAAGCCUGCGGGUCAUCCUGGCAAUGGGCUCAGCUGAUCAAAUAGUGGCUCUGCAAAGGCUGAAAACUGCAGAAGGAAUGGUGCCUCCCAUCACACAGAGACCUCCCCACUUUCUGGACCCUCCUGCUACACAGCCCACAAUGCAGUUGGACCAAGAAGGGGCAGAGCUGAUGGAGCAUGUGUUUGAGAUCCAGGUGGAGAGUGUCAGAGGCCUCACUCCUCUACAGUCCACAGUCUGGGGAGAGGCUGACUGCUACGUGAAGUACCAUUUCCCAGCUCCAGAGAGAGGUUGUGGUGCCCUGCAAGGAGCUGAGCUGCAGGAGGAGGGCAUCAAAUUAAAGGCGUUCCGCACAGCAACCACUCUGUGUGUCCCUGAUCCCAUCUUUAAUGAUGAACAUCAUCAUUCUUUGCUGGUUCCUGCUGAUGUCCCAGUCCAGAAGCUCCUGGUCAGUGCAUUUAUGGCACCAGGAGUGGCUGGAGGAGGAAUCCAGUUUGAAGUCUGGUGCAGGUAUUAUUACCCAAAUGUCAGAGAUCAGAUGGUUGCCAAAGGGACCUUGCCCUUGUCAAGGCUGUGUGCCAUGGUGACCAUGCAGCAGCAUGGAGAAGUUGGGAUCCAGACUUUCAAUCUUCCAUUGGUCCCCAGGACUGAUUCCUCAGAGGAAUUUCAUCCACAGUCUUCAGGCUUGCUCAAUGUGAGUGUGAGAUACCAACGAUCCAUGAAACCAGCAGCAGGAAUAACUGCUCAGGCUGUUUCUCUUUCUGUACAAAUACACAGAGCAGCUGGUUUGCAAGCAGCAGCCAGAGCUGUGGCCCAGAAGAACCCUUCAGUCCAGUACUAUGCAGGGGUGGGAGUGAAUGUUUAUGUCUCUGUGCACCUCUCCUUCCUGCCUGAGGCAGAGCCACGCAGCACCCCAGCUGUGGCUCGGACCUUCUGCCCAGAAUUCCAGCAUCACCUGGAGUUUCCCUGUAACCUCAUCACCCAGAAGAGCAGUGGAGAAGCCUCUUGUCUGGGGGAGCUCUUGCAGUCUGCCAGCAUCAUCUUCUCUAUCUACCAUCAGAGCACCAAGUCAGCCUCUGAGACAAUGGCAGCUCGGACAUCAAGAGAUUAUCUUCUUGGGACAGUCACAGUUCCAACCAGAGAUCUGCUGAGAAGAAGAUCAGGUAUUUCAGGCUGGUACCCAGUUACCCUGCCUGAAGAUUUCAUACCUCCACCCUCUACAAACAUCAUGCAGAGAGUUGUGGGAGGACUGGAACUUUCUGUCACCUUUGCACAGCAGGAUGACAGAGAGCAUGUUUUGGAGGCUGCUAAACUUUUGGGAUGGAAGAGUGAGGAAAGCCCUGAGGACAGCACAGGUGACAGCGAGGAAUGGGAGGGCAGUGCCACCCCAGUGACUGUCACCCUCUCAACCCCAAAAGUGUGGCUGCCACUCCACUCUGUGCUGCUUGCAGGCCAGACACACCUGAAUAAAAACAUUUAUUGCUACCUCAGGUACAAGCUGUACAAUCAGGAAGCCACCUGGACUUGGCUUAGGAGGCCAAAAUUGAGCCAGGAUACAAAGAAUGUUACAGUGAAUUUCAGGAAACCAAACAAAGUGACUCUCAGAAGGAGCCAAGGACUGCUUUGGUUCUUCCAAGAGGAGAGAUUAGAAAUCCAGGUGUGGUGGGCAUAUGGGAAAGAAAAGAAUGUGGAAAGACCCCUUGAUACAGAUCGACUGCUUGGAUCUGCCUAUGUGGAGCUCACAGCAUUAGCAGAGAGCUCGAGGACAACACUGAGUGUUAGUGGGGUUUAUCCACUGUUCAGGUGCAAUGCUGCAGACCUGGCAGGAGCUGCUGUCCGUGUUCACAUCAUUCUUUCUCCCACCUCUCCUGCUCUGCCCAGCAGAAUUCCCUGUCCUGAGGAAUACAGCAGCAGUGAAGAUGAAGACACAGAGAAAGCCCCUGAGGUGAAUCAAGAGGUUUCUGAAAACCAGAAGCUGGAUACCUUAAGUUCAGCAAUCACCAAUGGCAAACCACAAGAAGAAGAGAGGAUGUUUCUGGAAAACACAAUUGCUGUCAAUAUCCUUGUGGAAAGAGCAAUGCACCUGAGUUUAAAAGGGAGUCCUCUGACAGACCGGGCAGUGGCAGCACCCAGCAGCUGUGUCUCAUUUGCUGUUGCUGGUGCAGAAGCUCCAAUAACCACUUCAGUUAUUGAAAAUACAGACUCACCAGUCUGGGAAUUUCAGCAGGAAGCAAGGUUAUCCAAAGAGCUUCUGCUGGAUCCACAGCAAACUUUGGUUUUCAAAGUGUGGCACAAAGCAGAGACUGAACGAGUGAUAGGAUUUGCAUCAGUGGACCUUUCUCCUCUUCUUUCUGGCUUCCAGCUCAUCUGUGGAUGGUACAAUAUUACAGAUUUCAGUGGGCAGUGCCGAGGGCAGAUCAAAGUAGCAAUUUCCCCUCUUCAAAACAUAAAUAAACUGAAAGAAGAAAAGCAGGCAAGGAUCCGGAACCAGCCAGCAAGUUCCUCCCCUGUCAGUUUCCCAACAGUUCCCAGUAAUGCUCCAAGCUUUUCCAAGCAGAUGUUGAAUACCUUGUCCAAGGAAGUCAGUUUUCCUGUUCCAGAGCUGCUGAGCAGAACCACUCCUCCUGGCACACACACCCCUCGUCACCAGGAGCACGUGCAGAACAUCCGGAGAUUCCACGAAUCCCUGCAGGAAGCAGAGGGAAAAGCUCUCCAGGUGCCAAAGCUGGAUUCCUUGUCACUGUCAUCACGUGCUUCUCUUCUCUCUGCUCUUAGGAAAAACUUGAGUGAGCUGGAUGAGGUUCAAAGAUACUUCAGUCAGAAGCUGACCAAGUCUUUUCCUGACUUCAGUUAUGAGAACACAUCCAAAGCAAGUCAGGAGGAGCUGGAGGGUGCUCAUCAGGGAUUUAUGAGCAGAGAAGUGGAUCCCAGUGGCUGCUCUAUUUUGGAAAAAUCCAGUCAGUUGGUGUCUCAGGUCAGCAGCCUGAUCAGUGACUUACAGACUAUAACUAAUAAAGAAUCUCCCAAUGUGCAUCAAGACAGCAGCAGGAAGCUUGGACCCAACCAGAAGGAUGAAGAAAUCUCCCUGGACUUGGACUCCUCCAGUGUUUGCAGUGAUACCCAGCAGCCAUGGGCUUUGGGGAGCAGUGUGUUUGAGAGACACAUGUUGCAUGGAUUGCUGGACAGAGCCAUCCCUGAGGAUGAGCACCCUUUGCCAGGGGACUCCAUCCAUGAAGGUGAAGGUUCUUGUCCUCUCCAUCCCCACAGUGAAGAAGAAUAUGAAGAGGACAUCAUAGAACCACGAGCUCUGAAUGAAAUCACAACCCUAACAGACAAAACCAGUCCCUGGUCCAGUGUGCUCUCUGAAACAGAGCAAAGUGCAGCCCCCCAACCUCUAGAUUUGAGGUCUGAAGAUCAGCACUCAAUGGAUAUGGAUUUUUUCCAAAGAGGAAAGAGCCAACAGGGCAGCACCCUGCCCAGCAUGCUACAAGGUGACAGCCAAAGCAUGCUCACCCCCCUUAGCCCAUGCUCCUUCCUUGCAGGUCAGAACAAUCCUUGGAAGGUAACAAAAGGUUUCCAGAGCUUGAAAAAUGGCUCUGAAACAUCUCAGUUGUCAGAAGGGCAUCAAAGAGCUGAUGGCCAUGGUGAAAAUGGGAAUUGUGGCAGGGACAGAGCACUUGACACUCAACCUAUAGAGCAAAGUGUAGAGUUUUGUGCAGGCUCUGAAGAGCAGCUGGAAUGUCCACCUGAUGUUGGUUUGAGUGAUCCAAAACCCACAGGAAAAGAGGAGGAAGAAAACAGUGAGGCUGUAAAUGAAGAUCACCAAGACAAGGAAGGAAGUGGUUCUGAUGAGCUCUGUGCUCAGAGUGUGUCAGCCCAGGCAGGCUCAGGAGGAAACCCUGGAAGUUUUUCUGAUGACAGCAGUGAAGAGCUACUGGAAGAGCCAGAAAAGUCUGAGAAAUCAAAACUGGUUUUGUCUGAUCCACUUCUUCCCAACUUUUUCCUUCCACCUCAGGAGAUGGAAGCCUCCAUGAGACUGCUCAGCAUUUCUUCUCAUCCUUCCACAGUGCUGACAAGCAGAAGCAGAGUGGAGCUGGGGACCAUCCCAUCCCGAAUGCCACCUCGACCCAAGCCCACAGCUGAGCUCUCAGAAGAAGAAGCCCAAAGAAUUUCCAGGAUCUUCUCUGCUCAGCUCUCCAAGAAGGAAUAACAUUGGUGAGAGGCUGAUGGCUUCCUGAAGCUGAGGUGUUGGUCAAGGAUGGGUUCUCCACAGAGGAGGAGAUGGAAGCAGUAGGUUUCAUGUUUAAUUUGCCUAAUUAGUGUCUCGUUAGAGGGACUACACCAAGAGGUCAAGCAAGAGGAGCUGAGAGGCCACGUGUUUUGCAAGGGCAGGUCCCCAAUGAGACUUGUAACCCAUGGGCUGUUACCUCCUCUGCAGAUAUUCCAUUUUUGGGGAUUGAUUCCUGUGAAAUUUCACCAAUUAACUUUUUUUAAUAAGCACAAAGCAUCUCAUUUGGAAACAGCUCCUUCAACCAAGUGAUGGACAACAGCAGAAAUUUGCCAUCCCAGCAGCAAGCAGGGAACUGUCUCCUCCCUGCUGGCAUGGAUGAUGAGCUCCCUCCACAGUGGCCUUUCCAAAAGCACAAUUUGCAGAUUCCAGAGGAAUGGAUGAGCCCAAAGUGCUCAUGUAAAUACAGGAGGAAGAGACUGUAAAACACCACCAGGUGUACCAAAGCGUUUUGCUGGGAAGAGGGAAUUUUUAUAUUCUAAAUUAUUUUUGUACAUUUUUUAAUGCCAGGUACCUUUCAGAUGAGGGACUUGGAUGUGAAAGGAAUUGGUUUAUUUU